AUGAAAGACCAAAGAAUUGCGGGAACGGUAAUUGACUAUGUGGUCAAUAUUUCUGAAUAUGUGUCAAAGGCGAAAAUCGGAAUUGUAAUGAUCAGUUGCCCUUCAAAGACACUCCUUGAUAUGGGAAUCUACUCUGGACCAGAAAUACGAAGUAAAGUAAUUGCACCCACUGAACCGUUGAAGGAGAAAGGAACAGCUCAAGCUCUCGAGUUGGGUAAAAAGAUUCUUGAAAGCGAAACCAGAGAACACAAGAUGAUCCUCAUAAUGUCAGAUGGUGGGAACUCAACGUGUCUCAAGGAUAAACCGAACGAAGACGAAAUCAGUCUUGCAGAAUUACUACGCAAUCUGGGCAUAAAGAUUGUCUACUCUAUCGUUGGAGACAAUCCUAACAAAGAUAACAUUGACAGAAUCACCGGAGAUCCCAAGCUCGUUAUCACUCUGGGUGAUUUGGUUGUAAGUUUCAAGAUUAUAUUCUUCUAG